AUGGUGUCGGCAUACACUUCGGUAAAGGCUCUACCAGUUCUGGCAGCCGGUGCUUUUGCCGCCGCAAGCUACCCUCCUAUUCCAGCCGAUUUGACGACACCAGUGCAACAACGAAUUGCCGUCAACGGACCCAAUAGCGUGUCAAUUGCCUGGAACACCUAUAAGCAACUCAGCCAGCCUUGUGUUACAUACGGCAGCUCUGCUACAUCUUUAACACAGCAAACUUGCUCGCAAAGCUCUGUUACAUAUCAAAGUUCACGCACUUGGUCAAAUGUAGUGACAAUCAAUAAUUUGUCACCAGCCACAACAUACUAUUAUAAGAUUGUCUCGACCAACUCAAGCGUGGACCACUUUUUUAGUCCCCGUGUCGCGGGAGAUAAAACUCCAUUCUCUAUCAACGCUAUUAUCGACUUGGGCGUCGUAGGUCCCGAUGGCUAUACCAUCCAAAAUGACCAAACAAAGCGUGAUACCAUCCCAACCAUCGAUCCUUCGUUGAACCACACGACUAUUCAACGUCUGGCUCAAACGGUGGACGAUUAUGAAUUUGUCAUUCAUCCUGGAGAUCUGGCCUAUGCUGAUGAUUGGAUUGAGACGCCAAAGAACAUUUUCGAUGGAACAAAUGCGUACCAAGCAAUUCUAGAGCAGUUUUAUGCCCAGCUAGCUCCCAUCUCUGGCCGUAAGCCCUAUAUGGCCAGCCCUGGCAACCACGAAGCUGCUUGUCAGGAGAUCCCUCAUACAACAGGACUUUGCAAUGCCGGACAGCGCAACUUCAGCGACUUCAUCAAUCGAUUUGGCAGGACUAUGCCUACCGUAUUUAGCUCUACUUCCGCAAACAACACGGCCAAAAUCAAUGCAAACAAGGCACAGCAGCUCGCAAACCCUCCCUUCUGGUUUUCUUUCGAAUACGGGAUGGCGCAUAUUGUCAUGAUCGACACAGAAACAGAUUUUGCUAAUGCUCCGGACGGGCCAGAUGGCUCUGCCGGCUUGAACGGUGGACCAUUUGGGGCUCCCAACCAGCAGCUACAAUUUCUCGAGGCGGAUCUUGCUUCUGUCGAUCGUAAUGUCACACCUUGGCUCAUCGUUGCAGGCCAUCGACCGUGGUACUCAACUGGAGGCUCAGGCUGCGCACCUUGCCAGACAGCGUUUGAAGGACUCUUCUACAAGUACGGAGUCGACUUAGGAGUUUUUGGUCAUGUCCACAACUCCCAGAGAUUUUUCCCAGUCUUCAACGGCACUGCUGAUAAGGCCGGUAUGACUAACCCGAAGGCGCCGAUGUAUAUUGUUGCUGGUGGCGCAGGUAACAUCGAAGGCCUCUCCGCAGUUGGCACUCAGCCAUCGUACACCGCAUUCGCCUACGCUGAUGAUUUCAGCUAUGCAACUAUUCGUUUCCUUGACGAACAAAACUUGCAGGUUGAUUUCUACCAAUCAUCGUCUGGAAAUCUUUUGGAUAGUUCGAAGCUCUUCAAGUCUCAUGACCAGCAAUUUGUUGUCCAAUAA